AUGAGUGGUUCUGAAAGUGCAAAAGAAGCACUACCUAGCAUAGCUCCAUGUAUCGCCGAGGUAUACAAACCAUCGCAGCACGGUAAGGUCCAGCCUCAUGAAGCUCUAAAGUUCAUUUACAACCCUGUCCGUUCUUUAGCUAAAUCUUCAAUAGCUAUGCUUCAAAGAUGGAGUGUUGCUCUGAGAGCGUACAACUAUGUGGUUGAGCACAGAAGUGCAAAGUUCAUUCCUCACCUCGACUACUUAUCUCGAAAUGCAACGGUAAGCGAAGCCAAUUCUGAAAUGAGUUGUUUACUCACCCAGCCGCUUCCAGUCUCUCGUUCAGCCAUUAUCACGGAAACUAGAAAGUAUUACGGGUCAUUGGUUUCUGGU